CUGCCCUGGCCGCCCAGGAACCAUGAGCCCUGCAGCACCGGUCCCGCCUGACUCCACCCUGGAAAGUCCUUUUGAAGAAAUGGCCCUGGUGAGGGGCGGCUGGCUAUGGAGACAGAGCUCCAUUCUCCGCCGCUGGAAGCGGAACUGGUUCGCCCUGUGGCUGGAUGGGACACUGGGCUACUAUCACGAUGAGACAGCGCAGGACGAAGAGGACCGUGUGCUCAUCCACUUCAAUGUACGCGACAUAAAGAUCGGCCAAGAGUGCCAGGAUGUGCAGCCCCCAGAGGGCCGGAGCCGAGAUGGCCUACUGACAGUGAACCUACGGGAAGGUUCCCGCCUGCACCUAUGUGCAGAAACCCGGGAUGAUGCCAUAGCAUGGAAGACAGCACUGCUGGAGGCAAACUCCACCCCGGCCCCAGCUGGAGCCACCGUCCCUCCUAGGAGCCGCCGGGUUUGCCCCAAGGUCAGGUGUGUGUCCUGCUCAUGGAAACCCUGUAAGUUUGAAAGGCGGAUCUGGGUGCGCGUCUACAGUCCAUACCAGGAUUACUACGAGGUGGUGCCCCCCAAUGCACACGAGGCCACAUACGUCCGCAGCUACUACGGACCACCCUAUGCAGGCCCCGGCGUGACACACGUGAUAGUGCGAGAGGAUCCCUGCUACAGCUCAGGCGCCCCGCUGGCCAUGGGCAUGCUGGCGGGAGCCGCCACUGGUGCGGCACUCGGCUCGCUUAUGUGGUCGCCCUGCUGGUUCUGAGCCCUAGGACUAGGAGCACUGGACCCCGCACAUAGACUGCUAGAGCCCUCUUCCUCCUGGACCCCACCCUUCGCCCUCCACCCUCCACCAUCCAAGCCCUCUCUCAUUUUGGCCCUUCCCUCUCAUUAGAUCUUUCUGGGCUUGGACUAUUC